CUCUAUUAUAACGUGGAUCAAGAUUCUUUCUUAUCUUCAUCACUCCACACAUUUUCUUGUCUUCAAACUCACACAAAGAAAAAGGAAAAAAAAAAAAAAAGAAAAAAACUCCAAAGCUCAAAAAAGAUGACUCGGCCGUCAAGAUUACUCGAGACGGCGGCGCCGCCACCACAACCGUCUCAAGAGAUGAUCGCAGCGGAAUCAGACAUGGUGGUGAUUUUGUCAGCUCUUCUUUGCGCUCUUAUAUGCGUAGCUGGCCUCGCCGCCGUCGUGCGUUGCGCUUGGCUACGGAGGUUCACCGGCGGUGGAGGAGAUUCUUCCCCGUCUCCGAACAAAGGCUUGAAAAAGAAAGCUCUUCAGUCACUACCAAGAUCCACUUUCACCGCCGCGGAAUCUACCUCCGGCGGCGGUGACGACGGAGACACGACGGAAUGUGCUAUUUGUCUCACUGAGUUCGCCGACGGUGAAGAGAUAAGAGUGCUUCCUCUAUGUGGCCAUUCUUUCCACGUGGCUUGUAUAGACAAAUGGCUGGUUUCUAGGUCGUCUUGUCCUUCUUGUCGCCGGAUUCUUACGCCGUUGAGAUGUGACCGGUGUGGUCACGCUUCCACGGCGGGGGUGAAAGAUCAAGCUCAUCGUCAUCAACAUCAACAUCAACAUCAACAUCAUCACCAACACUCUUCUUCUACUACCAUCCCUACGUUUCUUCCUUAACACUAAUUUUUGUUUUUUUUUUUAUCAUGGCAACAAUAACUAGUUGCAUAAUUAUGUGUAAAGUGAGUUAAAAUUAGGAUUAGAGAUCUCUUUUUCUUGUUGUUGUUAAUCCACUGUACUUAAUCAAAUCUCAGAUGGAGUUCAAGUUUCGAGAUGUUUGUUUGUUU